UUGUGCUGCCACCUCCCCAGCUGUGAAACCCCAUGAUGAAACCCUGACAUAUCUCAAUCAAGGCCAGUCUUAUGAAAUCCGAAUGCUAAACAAUAGGAAACUUGGAGAACUUCCAGAAAUUAAUGGCAAGUUGGUGAAGAGUAUAUUCCGUGUCGUGUUCCAUGACAGACGGCUACAAUACACUGAACAUCAGCAGCUGGAGGGCUGGAGGUGGAACCGACCUGGAGAUAGAAUUCUUGACAUAGAUAUCCCAAUGUCUGUGGGUAUAAUCGAUCCUAGGGCUAAUCCAAACCAACUAAAUACAGUGGAGUUCCUGUGGGACCCUGCAAAGAGGACAUCUGUGUUUAUUCAGGUGCAUUGUAUUAGCACAGAGUUCACUAUGAGGAAACAUGGUGGAGAGAAGGGCAUGCCAUUUCGAGUACAAAUCAGGACCUUCAAGGAGAAUGAGAACGGGGAAUAUACUGAGCACUUACACUCAGCCAGCUGCCAGAUCAAAGUCCUCAAGCCCAAAGGUGCAGACAGAAAACAAAAAACAGACAGGGAGAAAAUGGAGAAACGAACGCCUCAUGAGAAGGAGAAAUAUCAACCUUCCCAUGAGACAACUAUACUCACAGAGUGUUCUCCAUGGCCUGAGAUCACGUAUGUCCAUAAUUCCCCAUCACCUGGCUUCAGCAGUUCCCAUAGCAGUCUUUCUCUUGGGGAAGCAAAUGGUUCACCAAAUCACCAGCCAGAGCUACCCCCUCCAGUCACAGACAACCUCUUGCCGACAAUCACACCUCAGGAGGGUCAGCAGUGGUUGCAUCGAAACCGUUUUUCCACAUUCACGAGGCUUUUUACAAACUUCUCAGGAGCAGAUUUAUUGAAACUAACUAGAGAUGAUGUGAUUCAAAUCUGUGGCCCUGCAGAUGGAAUCAGGCUUUUUAAUGCAUUAAAAGGCCGGAUGGUGCGCCCAAAGCUAACCAUUUGUGUUUGUCAGGAGUCCUUGCAGCUGAGGAAGCAGCAACAGCAGCAGAAGCAUGAGGGUGGAGACUCACAUGGUACUUUCUUCGUUUACCGUGCCAUCUGCCUAGAAGAACUGACAGCUGUUGAACGGACAGAAAAAAUUGCUCGGCUUUUCAGCAUUUCCCCUUGCCAGAUCAGCCAGAUCUACAAGCAGGGCCCACAGGAGUCCAUGUGCUCUUUAGUGAUGAGAUGAUACAGAACUUUCAGGAAGAAGCCUGUUUUAUUCUGGACACAAUG